UCAGGAAAAAGCUUUUCGGGCCAUAGCGCCCACUGAAACUAUGUUGCCAUAAUAGGCAUCGUAGGGCUGUACAGCAUAGUCGGGUGUAGGUAGGCCAUAGGGAUCAAUAGCUUUAGCUCAUCGUAUAUAUCAAACCAUUGACGAGGAUACAAACACAUUACUAUAAUAGUACGACUAAUCUCACAUAGCGGUGAUACUCAUCCGCGCACUGUAACAAUGCCGAAGGUACGAGACUUGGUCCAGACUUCAUUUUAUAUGGUUACGGACAGAGGUGACACUCCAAGCCAUCAGCUAUACACAGUAGACGAUGUAUCGGGUAUCAGGGCAAUAGUCCUCGACGCUCGUUCUCCAAUGUGGGCCCGUACACUCCCGAUCCACCCAGCUCGUAAGACCAACUCGGUACCUGCGCGCAGGGCUCGUCGAGUUCUGCAUCCCCGGGCACUUGGACGGCGGGCUCGACUGCUUGCCGAGCUCCCGCUUAUCGGGCUGGCACUUGCUGGGGUCGUGCUUGUCAAGCUCAUCGUGGUCGCAUGCGACGUACACAUUCUGGUCGUGUUUGCCCUGUUGGGAUUUGUCCCCAUCGUGUUCGCUCCCGUCACACUCACAUAUCAGUCUACAUCGCACUCACCUGUGUCGCACCCACCGGCGUCGUGCUCGUUGUCGGCGGGCUCCAGGUCCGUCCUUGCUGCAUGUCGUCGUAAGCGUGUUGCUCGUGUUCAUCCCGCACACGCUCUUCGCGCUUGUCCUCGUCGGGCCACGGUCCGUCAGGCGUGUGUAUGGAGUCCAUCGACACGUCGGGUGCUUCUGAGUACGCGCAUCACGAGACAAGUGAUUAUGUUCGUCGGUAGGCAUAUCGAAUGAAACAAUGAACGUACAAGGUACACAGCCAUCAGUCGUGAAUGAACCGAGCACGCUAGACGUCCAGCAAUGCGCGUCCGACGUCGCCGCGUGUAGCAGCGGGUACGACGUAGAAGUCGUCCCGAGUGACGGAGGGGUUGUC